UGGUCGCCUGCGGAGCUUCACGCGGGUCGACGUCUCGUUCGCUUUUCAGAGGUUCAGGACGGCCGUAGACUCAUAGUCUCUUGCGAGCCAAUCAGGCAGGAAGACUAUUGCGAGUCGGACAGCAUCAUAUCUUGCAUUUACCGCGAGGAAACAGACACCUGCUUCGUUACCUCCGUCGACGUCAUUUAUCUUCUAGAGAGGCUCACGAAUGGAGAAUUUCCUGUGGAAGAGAAAAAUCGCAUCAGGCGUAACCUGGAGGGAUUGCGGCCCACCACCAUCUCGAAGCAUAAGACUGGAUUUGGCGAUUUCUUUCAGCGUAUCAUGGAUUUCCCUGAUCCUAAACCUCGGAACAUUGAAAAAGAUUUGAAGGUUUUCGAAUGGAACCUCCUUGGGCAAGCGCUGGAAAAGAUUCUUUCUAAAUACGUGAGUCGCUAUACC